AUGCCACCUCGUCUCAGAAGUUUCAGAAAAGAAGCACAAAAGGCGAAAGAAGAAGCUCAACCAGAAGAAACAAAAGUAGAGAUAAAGGAUCCAGAAAGGGAAAUCACUUCGAUCUCAUUCUCUACAAAAGAUGUGAAUUUCACACAAGUUGCCCCCGAGAUUUUCAUAAAUAUUUGUAAAUUUCUUCCUCCCAUCGAUCUGCUUUCAUUAGCACAAGUCUGUCGACUUUUCAAUGAAUAUUUGUCGUCUAAAGAAUCAGAAUCUACUGAAUUGAUCUGGCGUAAAGCUAGACUCACCUUUCUGUCGACUUUUGAUAUUGGUCCACCUGAUGGCAUGAGCGAGCGUGAUUACAUUCGGUUGAUUGUGGAAAAAGGAUGUCAACUCUGCGGCAACAAAUCUGGUGCGUCAAUUCAUUGGGAGUUCUUAGUUCGCGUCUGCAACCAAUGUUUCAAAGCAAAUAUUGCAAGUUUUAAUAGUAUUAUGGCAAAUUAUCAAAUACCACUUUAUUUUUAUCCCGCACUUCCUUGUUAUUCAAGAGCCGAUAGUGGAUACUUUUGGCUUCCUCAUGUCAAAAAAUUCCGAGACGAAUACAACGCGGCGAAUUCCGAAGAAAAACUUAAAAUGUUGCAAGACUGCACCCAAAAGUCACACCGUAUCAUGCUAGACAAAAGAGCACGCGAAACUUCAAAAUCACGCGAACGAACUGCUCGUAUACAGGAAAGUGCCAAAAAGAGAAAGUCUAGACAAGAUAGAAUUCAUCAGUUGGUAGACGAAAUGUCCAAGGAGACUUACGAAGAUGGCACUCCUAAAUUUGAUCAACAUUUACUCAAAAGUAAUAAUGUCGCGUAUUGCAAGGCCAUUAAUUCAACUUCAACAUCUCUUACAGAUCGUGCUUGGAGAACUUGGAGGAAAAAGAUUGAGAAAGAAUAUUAUAGCAAGGUUCCUUCUAUAAUGGACCAAUAA